CUCAUCCUUCAUUACCAAAUAACAUAUCUCUACUCAAUCCAUACCUUGUAUUGUGGUACGUGAAAAAUGUGUUCCAAGUUAGCAAUACUCAUCCUAGGCCUGUUGGCCAUGCUCCUUGUUAUCUCCUCAGAGGUGGCAGCUAGGGACUUAGCUGAGACUUCAAAAGAGGCUGAUACUGUUGAAGAGACAAAAGAUUUAGUGGGUGAUGCCAAAUAUCCCGGUGGAGGCUAUGGUGGGGGCUACCCUGGCCAUGGUGGUGGUGGCGGCUACCCAGGUCGUGGAGGCUAUGGCGGUGGCUACCCUGGCCAUGGUGGUGGUGGUGGCUACCCUGGCCGUGGUGGAUACGGUGGUGGCUAUCCAGGUCAUGGAGGACACGGUGGGGGAGGGUAUUGCCGCCAUGGUUGCUGUGGUGGAUCAUAUGGGGGAGGUUGUAGAAGGUGCUGUUCUUACGCUGGUGAAGCUGCGGCUGCACAAACUGAGGUCAAGACUCAUAACUAGACAGUGCAGUUUUACUUAUUACUAUAAAAUAUUCGAUGAAUAAAGAAUUCUCGUGUGGUGAGAGGCAUGGCGAAACAGCAUGAAGGCCCAUUUUUGCACGUGACCUUUCUUGCCCCUAGAGAUAUUUUACUAGGAUAAAUGUAGUGUUGAAUAAUACGUCCGUGUGUCCAUGUGAUAAGUUUAAGAGCAAAUUAAAGUGGUGCUAUUUUGGAUAUCUAUUGUAUAAAAUUUUAGUUUGCGUAAACUGUGAUUUUUACUGUGUUUCAUGCAUCAUCAUCGUUAAUAUAUAUUGUUAAAUUUGUCCUUUUAUUUUAUCAUGUCAAUAUAGAUUCCCUGGUAAUUACAGAAAUGUUUGAAAAAAUUUAUGAAUAUUUUAUUAAAAAAAAAUAAUUUAUAAUU